AUGGUGUUGUGUUUGUUUGAGUUCCAGGAGAAGAAGAAGAUGAUGUUGAUGUUUGUGAUGAAUCUCUCAAGAUUUCUAGAUCUGGGAACUUCGGUUCCAGAUAUCACACAAAAUUCAACGAAAACAGUCGAUCUGGUGUUGUGUUUGAUUGAAGAAGAUGUUAGAAGGCAUGAGAACGAAUGGAAAUCGGCGUUCUUUGAGCUGCAUGUGGAUUUUCUUUCUGCUGGUGGAUGUAGUUCCUCUACAUUCAGCGACGUCGACAACAAUUCAGAACUGAUUAGGGAAGAUAGAGAUAGUUAUGAAACUGAUGGAAAAGAAAUUGUUAAACCUCUUUUGUCCGAUGGGUGGGAGAAUGUUUUUGAUGAUCCUAACAAGCUUUUUCGUGGUGGUGUUGAUGCUGUUCGGUUGGCCUGUCAAAAGUAUUGUUUGAAGACUGGGUAUCGCGUAACAAAGGUGAAGAAUGAUCGUGAAAGGUUCACAAUGAAAUGCAUUAAAGUCCCAUGCACUUGGAUGAUCCAUGCAGUUGCUAUUGAUUCUACUUGCGAUGUUUUUAGGAUAAAAAAGUAUGUUGGGAGGCACACUUGUGGAGCUGGUGUGAAGUUGAGAAGUCCUAAAGUAUCGAAGAAGCUGGUACACAACCUUAUUCAUGAUCGUGUGAUGCACAACCCACUUAUCAAGCCUCGCGAAAUUGAAGAUUAUAUAAAAGUUGGUGCUGGUGUUAAUAUCAAAUAUCACCAUGCAUAUCAUGGUUUGGAACGGUCACACCAUGAAAUUUUUGGGAAUGAUGUAAAGUUUUACUCUGAUCUGGUUUGGUGGGUGAAUUCAUUGAAAGAAACAAAUCCUGGCUAUUAUGCGGAUUUUCAGUUUUACGAUGCAACUCAGACAUUUGAAAGGUUAUUCAUUGCAAUAGGCGCUUGUAUUGAAGGUUUUUAUCCGCUAGCCUUUGCAUUGGUCCCAGGAGAGGAUGUUGACAAUUGGGAUUGGUUUAUGUGCAAUCUUAGCAACAUUGUUGAUGACCGUCCUAUCACCUUUAUGUCUGAUCGUCAUGAAGGAUUGUUGAGGGCUAUUCCUAAACACUUUCCUACUUCCCAUCAUGGCUAUUGUUACUACCACUUGCAAGGAAACUUACCAAUCAGGAAAUCGGACGAGAAGUACAAAGAAGUUAUGGCUUGUUUCAAAAAAGCAACUUAUGCUCUCACACCAGCAAGAUAUGAAGAAGCACUAAUGGAAAUGGAGUUAAUGGGAAGGCCUGGGGUUGCUGAGUAUUGCCGCAAUAUGCCUAGGGAACAUUGGUCCAGCGCGUUCUUCACUGGCUGUAGAUUUGGUCAGACUACAUCAAGCGUUGCUGAGUCCUUCAAUAAUUGGAUUCGGAAAGACAAGAGGUUGCCUGCCUGCGCCCUCGUUGACAUGAUCAGGUUACGCGUUAUGGAGUUGAUGAAUGAACGUCGCGAAAUGAGUCUUUUGAUGGACCCAGAGAAGCUCACUCCUACCUACGAGGCGUUACUUAAAGAACAUAUUCAAAUUGGUCGAGUUUGGAAUGUUACUCAGUCAUCUGCGUAUGAGUAUGAGAUUCAUUCGCCUAGGUCUCACACUGUUGAUCUGCUGAACAAGACUUGCACCUGCCAAAGAUGGCGUGUUUAUGGUUUUCCAUGCUCUCAUGCUACAGCAGCUAUAUCUGCCAAGGGUGAUCGAUACGUAGAUUAUAUCGAAGACUACUUCAAAGUUACAAAUUUUCAGCAGCUGUAUUCAAUUGCUAUCAGACCAAUCCCCAACUACAACAGGCCAGAGCAGUAUCUGCCAGAGGAUACUAUUUUUCCACCCCAUCCACGAGUUCCACCAGGUAGGCCAAAGGGAAAUCGUAUCAAGAAUGCAUGGGAGAAAGCUAGGAAGUCCGUCCGUUGUUCCAACUGUAAGAAGAAAACUCACCACAACAAGGCAACGUGCACUGUCAUUCCUUCAUACCCAUGA